AUGUCGGGCACAAUCAACCCUAUCAUACCAGGCUUCUCGCCAGAUCCAUCUGUGGUAAAGGUGGGAGAUUGGUUUUAUCUCGUCAAUUCUAGCUUCCACUUUUUCCCUGGUCUACCUAUUUACGCCUCUAAAGACCUCGCAUCAUGGGAGCAGAUAGGAAAUGCGAUCAACCGACAAGCUCAGCUCAGCCUAGCAAGAUCAGACGCAAACCAAGUCCCAGUGGGCAAUGGUAAGAUUAUGAUCGCGAGUGGAGGAUUAUACGCGCCCACGAUCCGUUAUCACCAGGGUACAUUCUACAUUGUCUGCACCAAUGUCAUCCAUCUACCCGACCAGACCGAAGAUAUAAGGGAGAACUUCAUUGUCUCGACUGAUGAUAUCUGGUCAGACAAAUGGUCCGAUCCAGUCCCCUUCGAAUUCGAUGGCAUCGACCCCAGCAUCUUUUUCGAGGACGGAAAGACCUACAUCCAAGGGUCCGCUGCGCCAGGGCCAUACACGACGAUCAAUCUCUUCGAAGUCGACAUCAAUACCGGCGCGAAGCUGUCUGAGGAGAAAUUGAUCUGGCGCGGCACCGGUGACAUCUAUCCGGAGGGACCACACCUGUAUAAGUACAAUGACUGGUACUACUUGCUCAUUGCAGAGGGUGGCACUCAUGAAGGACAUAUGGUGACGACGGCACGCGCUAGAGAUGUCUGGGGCCCGUAUGAGUCCUGUCCUAACAACCCAGUCCUGUCCGCGCGUGGUACUACAGAGUAUGUUCAGUACACCGGUCACUGUGAAAUCUUCCAGGACGAGGAGAAACAAUGGUGGGGGACCUGUAUUGGGGCACGGGUAGACGACCAGGGUCGAAACACUAUGGGUCGGGAAACCUUUUUGACCAAGGUAGCCUGGGACAAUGAAUGGUUUACCUUCGAACAAGUCAAGUUGAACCCCGGCCUGUCAGCAGCCUCGUCGAGCUCACUUACGGCAAAACCUGGCGUCGACUAUCUCUACAUUCGAGAUGCUGUCUUGAGCAACUAUCAGCUCACUGAAACCUCCAUAACACUAACAGCGUCAUCUGUUGAUCUGUCACACUCGGAACUCAGCCCGACGUUUAUUGGCAAGCGGCAACGGCAGUUGCAGGGCACGAGCAGUGUGGUUGUUGAAGGGAUAGAGGAGUCUUGGGGUUCUGCGAAGAUCAUGACUGGGUUAGCCUGUUACAAGGAAGAGCAUCGUUACCUGAGAAUAUACUACGAUGCCGCGAAGGUUGAGGUGGUCUUUGAAGUGAUCAACACUGCGAAGAAGAUUGCUAGGACCGAGAAACAUAUCCUAGACAAAGCUCCCUCUUCAGUGGCGUUCCGAAUCGACUACACGGAGAAGGAAUAUCGGCUGUUGUACUCUGUCGAAUCCAACACUGGGCAAGACUGGGCGUGUCUGGGGACUGUUGAUACAUUGGACGUUACCAACCCUGAUUUCACUGGUCCGGUGAUAGGUAUCUAUGCUCUGGGGCAAACGGAGGGCGUGCAAGUUCGGUUUGAAAGCUUGAGAGUUGAUUGA